GCUGGCUGAGGAGGGUUCUGGGAGUCGAAGUCCACAAGUCUUUAAAAGUUGCCAAGUUUGCUCUAGACUUUUGGGCCAAUGCAUCCGUGGCGACAGUGGCACAUCUGCAGCCGUUGUGACCUUCCGAAUCCCACUAAAGGGAUUAAUCCAGGCAGCUUCCGUCUCGGCACGUCCAGGCCGUGUUCACCCUCCUGGCUCGCUGGCCUCCCCUCCCAUCUUCACGGAAGCGGCCGGGGCCGCCCCCUGCCAGCCUGGCUCUCCAGUCCUGUAAAAACCCAGGUUGCCCGAUGCCUGUCAUUCCUAUCCCACGGCGGGUUCGGUCUUUCCACGGGCCCCACACGACUUGCCUGCACUCGGCCUGCGGGCCAGUCCGGACCGCCCCCCUGGUGCGCACCAAGUACAACAACUUUGAUAUCUACCUGAAGUCGCGCUGGAUGUACGGGGUGAUCCGUUUCCUGCUGUACUUCAGCUGCAGCCUUUUCACUUCCGUCCUCUGGGUGGCGCUGGCGGCCUUGUUUUGCAUUCAGUAUCUCAGCAUCCGGUUCUUCCUCCGCUUCCAAUACAAACUCUCUAUCACCCUGCUGCUGUUGGGAAGGAGGCGGCUGGACUUUAGCCUGGUCAACGAGCUGCUCAUCUAUGCCAUUCAUGUCACCAUGCUGCUGGUGGGUGGGCUGGGCUGGUGCUUCAUGGUUUUUGUCGACAUGUAAAUAAAGGUCUGGAGGAGCCAGAGCCAGGGUGACUCUUGACCUGGGGGUCAGACCCAUCUCUGACCCUUCCUCCACUCUCCUCCUGUAA